AUGCCGCGCAAACAAAGGAAAGGUAGCACAAAGACCAACGGUUCUCCUAUGGAAGAUAAACAGCAGACUGCCUCUAACCCGGUCUUGGCCACUAAUUAUGAAGAAAUACACAAGAACGAGGCCGAUGCCUUGCGUUCAAUCUACGGUGAUGAAUUCGAAGAUGUAGAGACCAAACCCUCUGCAUGGAAUCAAUCCUCGACAAUAGCGUUUAAGUUGCGGUUGAAGGCGUCCUCGAACCCUGAGGUCCGAGUUCGCCUUCUGGUAGAACUGCCCACGACUUACCCCAAAACAGUCCCGAUCUUGAAGCUAGAAAGUGUUCAAGAUGUCAGGCAUAGUGCCAGACAGCGGCUUGAGUGUGUCCUAGAGUCAAAGCCAGUAGAUCUCUUGGGAUCUGAAAUGAUUUAUGAAUUGGCCGUCGCCAUUGAAGAUGUGCUGGAGGAUUCUGCUCAGGCCCAGGCUCAAGACAAGGAUUUACCAAGUCUCGAGGAGGAACGUAUCGUCCAAGAGACUGCUGCUAUUCAGCAGGCUGAGAAACUGAAACAAGAGGAGCUGGCACGACAGCAGGAAGCAACCGUUGAGGAAGAGAAGUCCUUACAGCUGUUAGUUGAGGAUAAAUUGAAACAACGCCAACGAGAGAAUGAACAAAUGUCUCGCCGCAAGAGCAGGUCUAAUGUCGAGGAAUUCGGUCUUCUGGAGUCGAUAGUCGACAGUCCUGGCUCAAUAUCGUUCGACCCCCCUAUGACGAUCACCGACCUACAUGAUCGUCCUCUCCUAUUCAAGUCUGUUAGCGGGAAGAAUAUGAUUGGCAAAUCUCAUUACAAAGAGACCUUCCUUGUGAGACCAAUUGUCCUGGGAAACACGCCGCUGGUGCCACUUUUGGUCCUGAAGGAAAUAUUUAUUCAGGAGAGCGAGAGUAGAGCCAUCGACCUCCGCUUCCAAAUCAGCCAGAGUGAGGACAAACUGGAAUUUUUGAAGAAACUCCGGCACCCAAACCUAGUGGAUUUUAUCGGCUUCAAGAUCCAACGUCCCCUUGACCCAUAUGAGGGCCAAACAGGUACAUGGCACAUAUAUGCACUUUUUGAGCAUGCAAAUAAGGGCUCCCUAUCCGAGCUACUGGAUAUCGUUGGCACCGUUCCAGCAGAUAACGCCAGAGCCUGGAUGAUUCAAUUGGUUGAAGCCCUGGAAUACUAUAGUCGCCACGGGGUCGUACACGGAAAUAUCCACUGUGGCCGUGUUCUACUUUUCAGAAGCCCAUCGAGCACCACGACCGUGAAGCUACUAGGUAACGUGGAAGAGGUACUCCCGCUCUCAUCUUCAUCGAGAAGAAGGAGUCUCACAACACCCAAAUCUCCAUUUUGGAUGCCUCCAGAACUCGCAGGAGAGGGCAUGAAACCAAGCAUAAAGACCGAUGUUUGGGACUUGGGGAUUCUCUUUUUGCAGAUGGGCUUUGGAAAGGAUGUCUUGCAGCGGUACACGUCUGCAGAUGCAGUCGUCAACUCCAUAGAGCUAUCUCCACAGCUAGAAGACAUGCUCCUUGAAAUAUUCAGAGCCGAUCCCAAAAAACGCCCGACACCCUUCCAGAUUCAGCCAUUCGAAUUCUUCCGUGUCGACACCCCGUUAGUCAUACCUAUCAGCACCCCAGGCUCGUCAUCUCUUCAAAAUCGCACUCGACAUGAUUCUCAAGGCCACUUGGCAGCUGUUUCUCGCUACAGCCACGACUUUGAUGAAGUUGGCCGUCUAGGGCGAGGUGGCUACGGCCUAGUUGUCAAAGCUCGAAAUAAGCUUGAUGGCCGCUUUUACGCCGUCAAGAAGAUUUCACAAAAGUCGCCCGUUGCUUUAAAAGACACACUAUCCGAAAUAAUGUUACUCUCAAGACUGAAUCAUCCUUAUGUGGUGCGAUACUUCACAGCAUGGCUGGAAGAAAAUUACGUUAGCAUAGACGACGAGGACGAUGAAGAGGCCCUCCUAUCUUCAGACGGGACAGACUCACAGGCUGGCGACAAUAUUGAGUUUGGAUACAGUACUAGUGGUCUGGAUUUUAUCAGCUCAGAAGGGUACCCCAAAGUUGAAUUCGGAUAUGACACCGAUGAGGAGGCCGAAAGCGACACCAUCUCUGACGGCACCGGAGUUCAGAAAAAGGCAACUGAUCCCAGUACUACGCAGGGCCAAUCCCUUGGCCGCACACGGUCAGGCUCGCAGUCGCGCGUCAUCCCAACCACCUUAUACAUUCAAAUGGAAUACUGUGAGAAGCAUACACUGCGUGAUCUAAUUAGAUAUGGACUGCAUGAGAAUAUCGAUGCUUCAUGGAGGCUUUUCCGGCAAAUUAUUGACGGUUUGAACCAUAUUCAUUCUCACGGAAUCCUCCAUCGAGACCUUAAGCCGGACAAUAUUUUCAUUGACAUGGCAAAUAACCCACGUAUUGGAGACUUUGGCUUAGCCACAAGUGGACAGCUUGGUUCCGGAGAUCGACUACCCGUACCAGAGAAUAUUGGAGGUGGUUUUACUCAAAGCGUUGGCACUACGUACUACGUGGCUCCCGAGGUGAAGAAGGCUUCCAUGGGACAGUAUAAUGAGAAAGUUGAUAUGUAUUCUCUCGGCAUCAUCUUCUUUGAAAUGUGCCACCCCCUUGAGACCGGCAUGGAACGUGACCGAACGCUUCAGGACAUUAGGCAGAGACAACAUACCCUCCCUGAUACAUUUAAACUUCCCGAGAAGGUAGUCCAGGGAGAAAUAAUUAUGUCUCUCAUCAGUCAUCGCCCCAGUGAGCGGCCAACGACCACGGAGCUACUGCAAAGUGAUAAGAUACCACUUCAAGUUGAAGAAGAGAUGUUCAGAAAAGCGGUGAUGGGUCUCCUAUCAGAUCCCGAUUCUCCUGACUACAAAAAGAUUCUCUCUGCCAUCUUUUCCCAACCGCAGAAGAAGUUCGAAGACCUCGCAUGGGAUAUGGACUCGCGAGCAAGUCCCACAGCUACCGAGCUAUUGUUACAUGGAAUGAUAAAGGACAGACUAACUUCAUUGUUCCGAAAACAUGGAGCAGUAGAAACAUCAAGACAAUCUCUUUUUCCACGCUCACCCCAUUACGGCCCAGGUGUAGUACGCCUUUUAGAUCCAGCAGGAAACCUAGUCCAGCUACCCUAUGAUCUCACUCUCCCAAAUGCUCGGGCUCUACCUAAGCAAGAUCUCUCUAUUGAAAAAGCGUUUUCAUUCGGCACGGUUUACAGGGAAUCCGUUCACAGAUGCGAACCCAGGGGCCAUAAAGAGGUUGAUUUUGAUAUUGUUUCUUAUAAUACGUUAGAUUUACCUUUGAAGGAGGCGGAAGUUAUUAAAGUACUGGACGAGAUUAUCGAUGAAUUUCCGCCAUUGAAGUCGACUCAGAUGUGCUUUCACAUCAACCACUCUGAUCUCUUGGAAGCUGUUGUCGGAUUCUGUCGGAUUACCCCCGAACAGCGACCGAUUGUGAAGGAGGUCAUCAGCAAACUGAACAUCGGGCAGUACACGAUGCAGAAAAUUAGGAGUGAACUCCGCUCCCCGAGUAUUGGAGUCCCAUCAACGUCUAUUGACGAUUUGUCACGAUUCGAUUUCCGAGAUACCCCCGAGAAAGCAUUAAGCAGGCUUCAUGCAAUCAUGGAUGGCACCGAAUACGCGGAUAGAUUGUCGCCUAUUUUUAACCGACUAAACAUGGUGGUGUCAUAUUUGGAGAAGUUCAAAGUUAAACGGAAGGUCUACAUUAGUCCCUUGAGUAGCUUGAACGACAAGUUCUACAAUGGCAGUGUACUCUUCCAAUGCGUUUUUGACAAAAAAAGACGAGACGUCUUUGCCGCAGGCGGAAGAUAUGACAGUUUAAUCCAAGAGUUCCAGCCUAGCUUGCGCUCGAGCCGUCCUCGGUCUCAUGCUGUCGGCUUCAAUCUUGGAUUGGACAAAUUGAAUGGGUCAAUGACAAACUAUCUUAAAGGUUCUAAUAAAGCCUUCCUGAAGCCAGAUGCAGAAAUUGGAAAUGCCUGGCGGAGAAGCAAGUGCGAUGUAUUGGUUGCUAGCUUUGACGCCUCUGUCCUUCGAACAGUUGGAGUUGGCAUUGUCUCGACUCUGUGGGCAAACGACAUCAGCGCAGAGCUCGCAGCCGAAACGACGCCUUCAUUGGAAGAACUGCUCACUAGAUACGUUGAUGAUAACUAUAGCUGGGUAGUCAUCGUCAAACAAGAUAGUAUCGAGAGAGGCCUAAGAGUCAAGAGUGUUCAUCGAAAGGAAGACUUCGACGUAAGAAGUGCAGAUUUGGUCCCUUGGCUUCGAAACGAGAUGCGUGCGCGCAGGAAGUUCAAACAUGACCGACACCCUCCUGAAUCCCCAAAACUUGUCAAGCACCCCAGUACUGGUGAUGCGAGUCUUUCGGGUAAGGAGAGAGACCCAGAUGUUAGAAUCUUGACACCACUUCAUAAGAGCAAGAAGACGAACAGAAGAAAUAUCGUUGAGUUCGCAUUGCGUCGCUCUCAUGAAGUGCUUGACAAAGGACUUGAGGGGCCAAUUGCUGCAGUUGAUGUCAGAGACGACGUGCUUGAGAGUAUUCGAGACACGCGCCUUUCUGAUCCAGAUAGCUGGAGAAACACCAUCCAAAGUGCACCGCUGGUUGAGAGAAAAUACCUGGGGAAUAUACAUGACCUGCUCCUCGACCUGGCAAACGAAAGUAUCACACAAGAUGGAACGGUGAAGUAUACCAAUGCUUUCAUCUACAAUUACCGCACAGGAAAUUGCAUUUAUUAUGACUUGAAACGAGGGAAUUGA